AUGGCUUUGGCCAGUUUUCUACGGGAAAGUAAAGGCGAACGCAACCGACCGCCAGAACCGCCGAGGAUUUACGCCAGAGAUAUACCCGAAGACGCGAAACUAACUUUUGUUGAUUUUGUGCCUUCAGUUACACACAGAGAUAAAAAAGAUCGUAUUUUUUAUCAUCCAUUCAGAAUCCUCAUAGAAGUGGCCAACAAAUGGCUUCAACAUAACUAUGAGUGGGAAGUCAUUAAUUGUGAGUCCGUAACACUACUAUUUAGACACAAUGCCUGCUCUCAUGUCUCGCAAUGGGAUCUCAUGCCUAAUGUGGCCGCAUCUCAGGUGAUGGGCCAGGAGGCUGCUAUCAAAGCGCUCAGAGUUUGGAUUAAACGUCGAUCAGAUAUUGAGCACAAAAAAGAUAAGGAAGACAUUCCUGUAUUGGGUUAUCGAGAUUUCGCACCCGAACGUAAAGAGGGCGACAAAAUUGAAACAUUGGAUGAAGUGGUCAACAAAAUCAAUGCCAUCAUAAGGAACGGCAAAUUUGACGGACGCAUUGUCUCCGUUGAAUGUCUUCCCUGUGAAUCCAGUGGUGAUCUGCGCUUUGAUCCGGAGGCAACACUUCCGGGCUCUUCAGAUACGUUUGUGACUAUAGUUAGGAUAUACUAUGAGUCUGGUCUGUCCAGUGAAGAGGAAAUAGGUAUCGCGGACUUCGUACCGGUGCACCUGUCGGGCGGCAGUCUCUUCUCUCGGCCUGAGUUUGAAACCUUUGAUAACGUCAUGUCUCGCGCCUCCCGUUGGCUGUCAGAGAAUCCGGAGAUUAAUUUCCGGAGCGCUAUGUCUAUCGAUUUCAAACUCAAAUCAAUGACAACUUUAGACACCCGUGUGUUGACACAGACAGACCACGCGGGAGACUUUGUCCGCAUAUUCCGUAUCGCAUACACCAAACCGUUUGACGUUAGCGAUGAUGUCGACCGGUCAGCAUGUCUUCCACCCCUUCCACCCAUAUAUCUCUAUUCACAGAUGUUUUUACUCAAAUCGCGAAACUAUACGGACCUUAAAAGAGUGAUCAGCGAUUGGUAUACCAAUGAAAUUGAACGAUCCGAUAGUAGCAAUAACUGUGCAAAUAAUGACAACAGCUCUGGUAACUGUAGUUCAGCACCGGGCGAUUUUGCCAGCAUUGGCGAGCCGUCGACUUCCAAAUCUAAAUGUCAAGUAUUAUCGUGUGAAACACUGUCAGUAUUUGCCAAAAACCAAACGGGAUUUGAGGAAAGUUUUAACUCCAACCGCGUCGGUGCCCGCAAUCGCUGCACUUUCAUUGCUGUCCGACUUUAUUAUGAUUCCGGUUAUUAUAUACACAAAGAAAGACAAGGCAUCAAUACUGUCAACAACAACAACAACUCAUUCAACAACAAAACCGACAAAAAUUCACACUCUUGUGAUAUCAUGUAA